GUUGUCAUGUCCCCGCAGUGCCUGUAGUGGUGCUGUGAGGAGUCUGCUGUGGAUCCAACAAAAAUCCUCAGCAGCCUACCUACUGCUUGUAAUUUGCUCUGGAUAGCCUAUAUUUACAUGCAUCCUUAUUUCAAGAUAUACCGAGCUCGAUGAAGAUCACUGUUACCAUCCUAUCUCGAAUAUCGAUGCACAAAUAGCCUAGCUGAUUCUAAUAGACAUUUCGGCCGUCUAUCUGGAGCGAAUACCUUACACAGCCCAUACCAAUUCAAGCUGAUGUUGUCAAGGACAAGAGUCACGUGAUGUAUGAAGGCAAACACAUACACUUCUCAGAGGUGGACAAUAAGCCGUUGUGCUCAUACAGCCCAAAGCUCUGCAAGCAGCGCAGACUAAAUGGCUAUGCUUUCUGUAUCCGGCACGUCCUGGAGGAUAAGACGGCCCCCUUCAAACAAUGUGAAUAUGUGGCCAAGUACAACAGCCAGCGAUGUACCAACCCCAUCCCCAAGUCUGAGGACCGCAGAUACUGUAACAGCCACCUGCAGGUUCUGGGCUUUAUCCCCAAGAAGGAACGGAAAAAGAAACAUGAUGCUUUGGAGGAUAUGCGCUCCCGGGCUCACCUGGAGUCGGUGGCUCUCAACAUAACUGUGCCCUCUCUAGCUCUGAAAGCUUCCAAUGGUCUAGGUGAACUUCCGCCGUCUCCCCCCUGUACACGUCUGUUACCCCUCCCUGAUGGAGAGCUACUGGACCCUUUUGCCUUUUAUGAGGACGACACGGAUGGGGAGGAGGUGGGCACUCCUCGGAAGGGCAGUGCUAUCAAGAAGAAACUACAGAGUCGCCUUGUGCUCAACCAGAAACUCUGCCAUGACACGGACCUCUUCCAGCCACCUCUUGAGCACUUUACUCCCUCGCCUGUCCCCCAUGUCCACCCUUCCUCGCCGCUCAACACUCAUCUCCCACGGCAGCAGUCAGGUCUUCUUCAGCCGCCCCAGCACUCGAGCGUGACAUCUUCAAUCUUCCCCGGACAGCAGCAGGGUUUAUUAUGCAAUCCACCACCACCUCAGACGGUCAACUUUCUGCCUCCACGGAUGCCCGCUAAUGCAGCACCCAGUCCAGUGCAACCUUCUGGGCCAUCACUCAGCAGGAAAAUGCCUUUCACUGCUACUCACUUGCCUGUCAGUUGCAAGGACAGUGGCAGUAACAAUCAGCGGCAUGUGGUUGUAAUGCGUCCCGCUGCCUUCUCACCUUCUGCCAGCUGCCUGGCCAGGUUGCAACAUCUGGUGCAGCUCUGUGCCAAGAGACACCGGGAGCACGGAGACCUCUUUCCUCAUUUAGGAUUGGACUGGUCAGAAGACAGUGCUGAUGAUGAUGAUGAUGAUGAUGAUGAUGAAGAGGAGGCAGAGUCAUGUAUUCCAUUCCAGAGCUCUUGGAGACCACAGAAUGGGUUGGAAGACGACAGUGGUUCCUCACGGAGAACGCGGCUACUUAGGCUUUGCUCGUACCUCCAGGAGAAAUACAAGCACAUGUGCAGGGAGGAGAGGGCGAGUAUCCGCCAAAAGAGAUACCGCUAUGCCUUCCGCAAAGCCUUGCUGCACGCUGCCAGUAACAACCCUGACUGUGCCGGGCAGCUGAUCCAGGAGUUACGUGGUGCCUCUCGAAGCUCCUCAAGUGCGGCUCCAGCAAGGCAGCAGAACACAGAUACGGGGACCUGCACUGGCAGCACAAAGGGCCAGGCCUGCAACAACAGGGCUCUGCCCUUCACUCAACACUGCUUUCAGCACAUCCUGUUGAAUCGUUCCCAGCAGCUCUUUGCUAGUUGCACAGCCAAAUUUGCAGAUGGUCAGCAGUGCUCCAUCCCCGUGUUUGAUAUCACGCACCAGACACCACUCUGUGAAGAGCAUGCCAAAAAAAUGGAUAACUUCCUGCGAGGGGAUGGUAACCGACGAGUGCAGCACCAGCAGCAGCAACAGCGAAAGCCACGUAAAAAGACCAAACCACCGGCGCUCACCAAAAAACACAAGAAAAAGAGGAGAAGAGGACCGCGGAGGCCUCAGAAACCCAUCCCUCCAGCGUUGCCACAGGGGAACCUGGGAAUGCCUUCUACAAGCCUAGCAAUGCCAUCACAGGCCAGCAUCAGCCCUUCAACUCCAGACCUGAGUGCAGAGGAGCUUCCUGAUGAUAUCACCAAUGAAAUGGCAGACAUUCCAAAUGACCUUGAGCUGAACCAGGAGGAUUUCUCCGAUGUGUUACCCAGACUACCUGAUGACCUGCCAGACUUUGACUUGUUUGAAGGUAAGAAUGGGGACUUAUUGCCGACCACGGAGGAGGCUGAGGAGCUGGUGCGUGCACUGCAGGCUAUGGGGUCCUACCCAGACUCUUUGGUGUGCUUGACCUCCAUGGGAGACCUGGCGCACUCUGAAGGAGUGGACCACCGCGCCUUGACUGUGUUCCCUGGUCCGGUCCAGCCGGGGGGCAUGGGAGACCUGCUCAACAGCCGCAUCCCUACAGAGAACUUCCCCAGCCUCGAGCUGGAGGACAAUCUACUGCAGUCCACUGGGGGUCACUUUUCCCCAUCGCCGCCAUCUCAGCCCGCAAACCAGCCCCCAACGUCGUGCUCCAACCUGACCUCAUCUUCUUCUACAGUAGCCCCCCCCACCACCUCCCUGCUCACUCAGACCUCCAUAACAGAGCGAACGUUUUCCCGGACACACACAUCCCAUGUGCUGGCCAAGUCGGAUGCACCCACAACAUCUCCCCAAGGCAGCCACUACAGCAGUGAGCAUGUGCCAUCCCCAUACAGUGACCACAUAUCUUCUCCCCAUGCCAGCUCCUUCCAGACAGACACCCCUCUGCUGCUGGAAGUCCCCCUCAGCGGGGUACCAGGACCCCCACGCUCAUCAUGGAACAAUCUCGCUCUCCCCCUCACUGACCCCACGCAGUUUGGCAAUCUCAUAGGAUCCGAAAGUCAUCUCAUAUCCACCUCCCUGUCCACUCCCCCGGCCACCACCCACUCUGUGACGCUGCAGCCCAUGGCUGCGCUCUCAGCGAUGCCCCAGAGUGGCUUGACGGGUUUAUCGGCUCCCCCUGCCCCCUCAUCCUCCCUCCCAUCCUCUUCACAUGAUCUUUUGACCUCCACACAGCCCAAGCAACAGCUCCCUCAGUUCAGCGCGGCCUUUGGCCAUCAAUUGGCCUCCCACAGUGGCAUCCCGAAAGACGUGCAGCCCAGCCACAGCUCCACAGCACCCCCCGCUGGCUUUUCCAUAGUUAGUGCCACCGCUGUAAGUGCCAACAGCGCCACACCACCCUUCACGCAAAGUAAAUGAGAGCAGGAGGCCUGCAGCGGCUGCACAAUGGUUUCGUGGACUCACAGUCACUAACAAUCCAGGCGACUGGCUUUCUGACUGACCACCCCUCUUCAUCUGCUACAUGUGUGCAAUUUGGUAAUAGUGCACUAUUUGAUAAUGAAUUUGCACAACCUCAGAUUUUCCUCGAUAUUUUCUAUUUUCGUUCUUUUAUUCUGCAGCCAGACGGUCUCCGGGAUUUUAAGUCAGUGUGAGUCCACUCAUUUAAUGCCUUGUGGUUUCGUCAGCAGGGGGUAACAGUCAGAUUUUGUGGUGAAAUAAAUGGGUGAAGAUUGGCGGAAGGACCUUAGCAGAGAUUAUGUGUCACAGUGCUCAGAAUUCAUUGACGUAGAAGCCUCAAUCAGUGGUCGCGUUGUUUGCUUUGCCAGUUAAAAGUCCUGUCUUUAAAUGAUCAACUGUACCCUGCCUUGCUCAGAUGGCCAUUGCAUUUUUAUUUUUCCACCUGUUCCAUACACUGCUUCACCCUCUGAAAAAGAAGAUUACAGGUUGUGAUAUUUGUGACCCAUUAUGUUUCAAGCUAUUUAACUGUUAUCAUGAUAUAGAAUCUUACUGAGUCAGAUUUCACAGUCAUAUGAAUUUACCAAAAUACUUUUAAACAGCUGUUUUUAUAUUGUGUAUACUGUAUAUGUGCUCAUUUAUUGGUUUGCUCAGAUAUCAAAAUCUCUGACCUCACCAUUGGUUGUGGGACUCUGAGUGGCCUAGUAGACACUUGAAGGUAAAUAUAGUUUCUUAAAGCAAUAAACACAUUAACAUAACUCUAGCAUUGUAAGGUAUUUUAUUGGUCUCAUUACAUGUAGCUUCACUUGCUGAAUCCAGGCUGGAUCAGGAAUAUAUUUUGGUCUCUAUAACUGUUGUAAACUGUUUUUUAUUUUACAACAGUUUCACUCAGAACCAGAGCCUAUAGAGACCAGUGAUCAGGUCAGCCUAACUUCUUCUCUCGGGUCACACCGAGUGGAUUUUUUUAAGGCUAAUGAGUUUCAGUGUUAAUGUUAGGGGUGAUGAUGGUGAAAUCCAGGGACUUUUAAGUGUCUACUUUCAAAGGUGCUCUCUGGUCCACAUACACAAUGGUCAUUAAUGACUUUCAUGUCUCAUAAAAGGCUAAAUCAGUUUCAGGACUCCAAGGAAACCCACUUUAAUAGGUCAAGGCCAGAAGAAUGAGAGAAGGUGUAGGUAGUAAUUUAAAUGGUUUAAAUUGGUGUGUUGAGCAUGUCUGAGGUAAAGCAGAGUAUGUUUUACUCUAAAAAAAACUCUAUUAUAAAGUGAUUUUUAAGCUAAAUGAUGCAAACCUGGGGUCUGAUUUGAUUUUUUUAUAAAAAUGAGAACUGCCACCCGAGGGCUCGUCCCCUGUCUGUUAAGGACUCAUACAGCAGUACAACCAUGGCUUUUAAUAAAUAUUAUAUUAGACAUUUGACAGAUUGUCAGACAUUGUUGAGUAUUUGGUAUAUAGAGUAGCAGUCUCUAUCUUGGGGUUUGUUGGUGAAUUAUUGAGUAGCAAUGGAUUGAAAUUGUUAUUUGCAAUGUAUUCAGUGGAACCUGUGUCUUGUAGAAUGAGUCUCUUUGCUUUUUAAUGGCUAUCAAAAAUGGUUAAGUUCUCUUUGAAUUUGGAGGGAUCAAUGUUUGUAUGCCGUAUAUGCUGUCAUUCUGUUUUUAAAUAAUAUCCUGAUUGAGAAUAUUUUUGAUAGCUAUUAAACUCCAGGAAGAAGUCUGAGAUCGCACGGGGGCAGCAACCUUCUGUGUAAGAGCAUUAUAAUAUUAUUAGAUUAUGGUCACUGGCUUGAUUGUCGGCAGUAUGAAACAGGAAUAUAUGCAUUGCCAUUUCAUUUUGUGGAGAAAAACAGAUUGACGUACAGUAUGUUGUUUUUCGACAUGGAUUUGCACAGGAGUGGAUGAGGCCGGUGGAGUUUCAUAUGUCCGGUGUCUGUCUUGCCUUUUUUUUUUUUUUUUUUUCCGCUUGGACGCUCAUUAAAUAAACAGCUGCCAUUAUUACCAGCUCUGAGCCUACACCAGACCCCCCCCACACCCCCCACACCCACACACACACACACACCCCCACACCCACUUCCAGCUGUGAGAAGGCCCAGUUCUGUCUCUCCCUUCCAAAGAGAAAACACAUUAUAAAACACAUUAUAAAGUGUAAACCCGUAGCUCCACCGGAGACAACUGGGCUUCUCAGUGACUGCAGUGUUGUCACUAAUAGUCCUAAACACAGUGCCCCCCAAAAAAGUAAAAGUUUAAAACAAACAAAAAAAUCAGGUUGGAUGAAAAUGUUUGCAAGGCAUUACUGCUGUACCCCCCCAUAGCAUGAGAUUAGCCGCUGCACCAGUUUACUCUCCCGAAAAAACCACGCAGAACAAAACGAACAGGGCUCGUAGGCACAUUUAACUGCUUGAAUUCAGAAAUGGCUGACAAAUUCCUAUACUCAUUGAAUGUACUGUAUUACUGUUUUUAAAGAUAGGAUGAGCUAAUCUAGUCACCUUUUGUUAUUGGUCCUUGUUUAAUUUGUCUAAGGUAUUUUUUGUAUACAAAGGUUUACAUUUUUAUGUAUAUUUUUCUUGUGUACAAAUUAUGUAAUAUGUGUACAAACACUGUAUGUAAUAUCUGUAUAUAGUGUGAGAAAUUUGAUCUUUUGUUUUUGGAUGUAUAAAUAAAACUUGCUGUGAGGUA